AUGGCGUUGAGGAACUUUGACCCAGAAGCACUGCUGCAAAAAUGGGAUGAGAAGAAAUACUCUCCUUUGCACAAUGGAAAGAAUCUCGCACAAUCGUUGCGAGAAGCUUUUGGGAUCCCAAAGUCAGACACGUACGUCUACCGGGCUCUCGCAGAAACCACACUAGACAUCACACAACGGGCCAUUGACGCCAAGCGAGCACAUGGUCUACAUGGCUGGUAUCACGACGAUGAGGGCAAUCCUAUUGACCCCCCACACCCAACCCCCUCCGAGAUAACCAGCUACACAACCCUCUUCGACCCCUCCCUCUCCCUCCCCAAAGCCCUCACAUCCUUCCGAGCAAACGCCCCCAAAGCCUCCCUUCGCCUCCCCAUCUCUACCCACCUAUCCUCGCUCUUCUUCCACCAAACCCCCUCCACCCAAACAACAGUCACCCAAACACCACAACCACAACCCCUACCCCUCCUCCCCUCCAAAAAACCUCGCACCCACAAAAACCCCUAUCUAGACCUCUGGACCUACUCCUGCCACGAACUAGAAUACGCAGGCCCCUUGCCUUCAACCUCCAAAACGCGCAUCUCCCACCACAUCCUGCCCCUCUUCUACCACCACUUUGGCUGCAUCGUGCCCUCGUACGCCGCACUGCACGUCAUUGCCAAGCUGGCACAGCCUGCCAAACCGAGUAAGCAGCCCGUGAAGCCGAUUCUGGACAUCGGGAGCGGAACCGGGUAUUGGACGUUUAUGCUACGGAAUCUUCCUAUGGUGGGGGGUACGGGUGCGGGGAGGGAUUUGGAUGUUAGGGCGGUGGAUAGUGGGAUUAGUGAGUACAGGGUUACUUGGGUGCGGGAUACGGUGAGGAUGGAUGGGGUGCGGUAUUUGGAGAGCGUGGUCGAGGGCGGCAAGGGCUGUGUAUUGCUGCUUGUGUAUCCGCAGGCUACGGGGUCGUUUACGGCCGAUGUAUUAAGGGCGUUUGAGGGGGACAGUAUUGUUGUGGCUGGGACGCAGAAUGGGAAUAGGUUCACCGGGUUUACGGAUAUGAGGGUGGAUGAGUGGGUGGAGAAGAAUUUGAAGGCGUUUGAGUUGACGCUGAGGAUGCCGUUGCCGAGUUUUGCGGGCAAGGAUGAGGGCUUGUUUGUUUUUCAGAGGAGGAAGGUGUAG